CGAUCCACUAUUCGUGAUUCUCUCAUGCAGCGCACCCAAUCUCAAUCGUGAAACGAGCCCUCCUUGGUCGGCCAGACUUUGACCUUGACUCCUUCCCGCAUUAACGCUGAUCGCAUCCUCACGCUCCCUCACCGUACCCCAAAUAGACAAACACACGCGAAGUUCUCCUCUUAGCAACUACAAGAACCCUCUGUGACAUCAUCCGCUGUCACUACGCCAUCGCUUUCGCUUGCGGGCACAGUCAGCGCUGGCUUUCAACUGGCCGUCUCGCUCCAAAAGAAGGACCUGCGUUACCCACACAUCGAGUCGCACUAUUCAAACCGACCCUUUGCCGUGCAACAAAUCCUGCUGGAAUUGGCACGUUGACUAGGGGCACGCAUCUUAGUGUCACCAGCGUGCGCUGUGCGCACCUGCCCGCCAAUCUUCUUCGCCUCACCCACUUUCAAGAUGGUUCAAGCACCCACCAUGUCUCGGCGCAGAGGCACACCUACGCUGGACUUGCCCCCGUCGCUCGCCAAGCGAGCCUGCGCCUCUUGUCCUACAGACAUCAAGUGUCCCGUCUGUCCCAAAGGUCAGACGUGCCAGCAGAUCUUUCGAUCUGCCAAGGACUGCUCCUCUUGCCCCAGCAAUGUAUGCGUCGCGGAUCCCAACUACCAAGCGCCAGAGAGCGGUAGCAAAGCAGGACCGAUUGGCGGAGCUGUCGGAGGCGUCAUUGGCGCCUUCGCAUUGGCUGCGGUUCUCUUCUGGUUUUGGCUCGCACGCAAGAGAAAGGCGAGAGCGGAAGCUGCGCGGGCACGUAUGGACGCCAAGGUCAGAGCUGCCGAGGCGGAAAAGUUCAGACCCGGCGGCAAUAAGCGCGGAUCUGCCUCUUCGGCCGGCGCGACCUCCAGCGAGCACCUUUCCUCGCGCUUGCAUGGCACGGAGGAGGGAGAGGAUGAAGACGAGGAGGAUGUCGAGUACACCGAGCUGCGCUCUGAUGGCCUCACCACCUACCGUAAGCCAGCAACAGGCAGUGGAGCAGAAGAGGUCUUAGUGGAUGAUACGCUCGACGUGAUGGGCUAUAAUGGAGUGAAACGUCGCUCGACAGGUGCGGCCACUCACCUGAGCCGGAUUACCGAGGGGGCAGAAGAGGAAGAAGAGAUGGCCAGGCGCAGCCGAGCUCUCUCUUCUCGCAACGGGUUCGGUGGAGCGAACUCCCGUCAUCGAUCCCUCGGGUCCACUAGCUCGAUCAACUUGGAUCCGUACGGAGGCAUCGUGCAGAGCGGGUCGGGCGGUCGCAACCUCCUUCAGGCAGGCUCCAUAUCCUCGGCAGCAGCGAACCCCUUCUCAGAUAGUGCGUCCGUGACAAGCGAUGGGUCAGGCAGCACCAAGAUCAUUCCGAUCAUGUUUAGUGGGCAGAAGCAACAGCGCCAGAGCAUGUCCCCUGCUUCAACGGCGCAUCGCAACAUGUCUGGUUCCGCGCCCUUGAAAGCUCCUGAGCCUGCACAUCGAGCGCCAGGAGCGCCACUCAUCGACCUCAAGUCGGGCAGCGCUCCCAAACGGGGCAGCUCAGUAUCCUCUCCACAAGCAACUUCGCCAGGCGGCAGCGUCGUGCUACGCGGCUCUUACUUCGGCUCGGGAGCUCAAAGUGCCUCUCCCAGUGCUGGGCCUCCGAGACCAACAAGAGACUCGGAGCUCAAUUUGCGCUUACCAGAUGGAUCCGAGCCGGGCAUGCGCAAGUCUUCGCGCACCAGCGCUGGCACUGCUGCGUCCAGCGCGCUCAUGCAUUCUGCGCAAGGAGAGCACUUCACUACCUUGAUGUCUCCUGCUGCCCCCUCGACGGCGCAUUCCCAGCAAUUCGAUUUCCGCAGGACCGACCCGGCCGAGCACGACAACUUCCCGGAAGAGCUGCAGAAGAGCGCUGUGUAUGCUCGCAAGUACGCCGACAGGCAUCUGAGCACUGCGACCAGCAACACCGCCUCCAGCAGCGGUACCUCGGGACUGGACUAUGUGCUGAGCACGCCUAAGAUCAUGACGCCUGUAUCUGCCGCAGCUCCUAAGCGCGUUAUUGUUGGACAAGGCAAGGCGCAGCUGGUUCGCAGCCUGAGCCAGCGCAGGAGGGAAGCUAAAGAAGCAGGCGAACGCACGGAUGCGAGCCCUACAGCCACCCCUGGUUCGGAAGCCAGCGAUCCCUUUGCCGAUGCGCGAGCUUCUGCCACAGCGGAGUCAGUGGAGCGAAUUCACCAAGAAGGCGCUGUCGGAGCUGCACAAGGAGAGCGCAGCGACUCCCGGCUGUCUUAUGGAACGUUUGGAGGCGACGCUCGCGCGAAGAAGUCUAUUGGUCCACAGUCAUCUACGGACAUCGAAGACGACCUCAGCCAUGGAGACAGCAGCACGAGAGCUCCGAGUGCUGCAAGCGCAUUUACGAGUGACGACGGUGCGAGUGGGUGGCGCAAGUACGAGGCUCCACCUUUGCCAACCUCUGGGCCAUCCCACACAGCCUAUGCCUCGGGCGCGCCAACGACGGGCUCGCAAUGGACUCAAAGUUCGGCUCCUGGUGGCGGCUUCGAGUCUGCAGCGCCAACGACCGGGACACAGUGGACACAGUGGACACAGUCCUCACCAGACGGCUCGGCCCCUCCCACGAUGGACGACAUCAGGCCCGUGUCCACAAUGUCAUUUGGCCUACCCUUUGUCGAUUCUGCUGGCCGAGGUGUCAGAGAACCGCAGGGCAACAGUCCUCGCGAUGCGGGUGGAGACGCGGAAGAUCGCAAAAGCUACUGGACUUUUGAUGGGAACCGCGACUCGAGGGCAAUGAGCUCCACAUCAGGCCGACCGGACUCGAGCUUCAGCGCGGCGCCAUCGGGGGCCGGAGGACUGCUGGCGAAGCGUGCGGUUGCAGCUUCAGCUGCCUCACGCCCAGCAUCAUCGGCUACCACCGCUUUGCGUCAGAGCACGGCCAGCUCGAUUGGUGGCUUGAGCGUCUUUGACGGCAUCCCAUUCGUGCACUCCAACUCCGCAGGGGAGGAAGAGGUCGGCGAACAGCCUGCACUUCCUGAAGACUUUGCUGGUAACAUUGCGCGCGCUCAGGCGGCUGACGUGGGCUCUAGAGAUGAGCUCGAGGUAGCCAACCCUCGGUCUGCCUCCCGCACGGCAUCUGCUCGAAACGGAGUCAGAAAUGUAGACGAGGUAGAAGAGGAAGAAGAGCAGGACGAAGAUGAGGAUGAAGAUAGUCUUGAAGCUGCGGUCAUUAUGGACCGCUCGCCCAUGCUUGCUGCAAAGAAGGUGUAUGCAGGCAAGCCUGAACUACGCUCCGCCUCAUCAAAGACAAGUCUCAAGAGUCAAAGCAGCGCCAAGUCGAAAGACGGCGCCUCUCUGAGCGCGCCCGCUCAGCCCAAAAUCGUCAACAUGGGCGCCAAUACUGACUUUGAGUCGCUCAGGCUUCAACACGAGCUGGCACAGUACCCCUUUGCAACAUACAGUCCGCCGGGCAAGGACGGAUGAACUGUCUUUCAAUCAGCUUUUGCUGAACAAGUCCACGUGAGGUGGCGUGCCUUGGCGCUUCAGAGGAAGCCCUGGUUUGUUCACACUCUUUUGCACAGCUCAUGUGCUCUCGCUCAUUGUACAGUCUAGCGAUCCUGUUGGUUUCUUUCCCGUGGAUACCCCCUCCUCCUCCUCCUUCUUCCUCGCACCGCUGGUGAUGUUCGACUACUCCUCAAUGCAGCGUUGCGCGUCACAAUCAUUAUUUCAGAGAAGCAAGAAACACAAUUACAAUGACAUUCCUUCCGCUAAAAUUGAUGAGGUGGAACCGACGUCGAGCUUGCGCAGUUU